CAGCGGCCGCUCCAGGUGGGUCUGGUGCUGCCGCCGGGCUGGGGCUCCGCCGCGCUCCUCCCUUCGCCCGGGGUGGGGUGGGGUGGGGUGGGGUGGGGGGCGCCCCUUCACCCGCCGGCGCUAGGCCGGUAGCGGCUCAGGCGUAGCUUAGGCCGCGGGGGGUGUGGGCCGCAGCGCCGGGCCGGUAGAUCCCGGCAGAUCCCGGCAGCCGCGGGCGCGGCUUCCCCGAGGCCUCACCGCGGCUCCGCUCCUCCGCAGGGUGGCUACGGUGGCUGAAAAUGGUGAGGGAAGAUGAGAAGGUGAUCCCGGUGCGGGUGGCGCUGCGCUGCCGUCCCUUGGUGCCGAAGGAGACCAGCGAAGGGUGCCAGAUGUGCCUGUCCUUCGUGCCGGGGGAGCCACAAGUGGUUGUAGGUAAUGAUAAGUCGUUCACGUAUGACUACGUGUUCGACCCGUCUGUCGAGCAAGAGGAAGUCUUCAACACGGCUGUCAGCCCUCUCAUACGAGGCAUUUUCAAAGGGUAUAAUGCUACUGUCUUGGCCUAUGGACAAACAGGGUCUGGAAAAACGUACUCCAUGGGAGGUACCUAUACUGCCAAUCAAGAGCAUGAGCCUAGUGUGGGGGUCAUCCCUCGGGUAAUCAAGCUGCUAUUUAAGGAGAAGGAGCAAAGGCAGGAUUGGGAAUUCAUCCUCAAAGUUUCUUAUCUAGAGAUCUACAAUGAGGAUAUUCUGGACCUGCUGUGCCCAUCAAAAGAACGGUCUUCUCAAAUCAAUAUACGGGAAGAUCCAAAAGAAGGCAUAAAGAUUGUAGGGUUAACAGAAAGAAAUGUCACCUGUGCCCAAGAUACUGUAUCCUGCCUAGAGCAAGGGAACAACUCCAGAACGGUGGCUUCCACAGCAAUGAACUCCCAGUCUUCACGGUCCCAUGCCAUCUUCACCAUUUGCAUUGAUCAGAGAAAGAAAAAUGACAAGAACAGCAGUUUUCACUCCAAGCUACACCUGGUUGAUCUUGCUGGCUCGGAGAGACAAAAGAAGACUAAGGCUGAGGGAGACAGAUUAAAAGAAGGGAUCAACAUAAACAGAGGUCUCCUCUGCCUGGGGAAUGUAAUUAGUGCUCUUGGAGAUGAAAACAAAAAGGGUGGGUUUGUCCCCUACAGAGACUCAAAGUUAACGCGACUGCUGCAAGAUUCUCUGGGUGGUAACAGCCACACUCUCAUGAUUGCCUGUGUAAGCCCAGCAGAUUCCAAUCUAGAAGAAACUCUAAAUACUUUGCGUUACGCUGACAGAGCAAGAAAAAUAAAAAAUAAACCAAUUGUCAACGUUGAUCCCCAGGCAGCUGAGCUGCAUCAUUUAAAGCAGCAGGUACAACAGCUACAGGUGUUACUGCUGCAGGCCCAUGGAGGGACCCUCCCAAUGUCUAUCAAUAGUAUAGCACCUUCAGAGAACCUUCAGUCCCUGAUGGAAAAGAACCAGUCACUAAUGGAGGAGAAUCAAAAGCUGAGCCGAGGGCUGAGUGAGGCUGCUGGUCAGACAGCACAGAUGUUGGAGAGGAUCAUUCUGACAGAACAAGAAAAUGAGAAGAUGAAUGCCAAACUAGAGCAACUUCAUCAACAUGCUGUAUGCAAGCUUGAUCUGCAGAAGCUAGUAGAGUCUGUGGAAGAUGAAGAACUAAAAGAGAAUGUAGAGGUGAUUCGUGAUCUCCAGCAAGUGUUGGCUCAGUUGCAGAGGGAAACUGCUGCUACAAUGGAAGUUGCUGCAGAGAUGGAAAACUCUGAACAGGAUGCUACAGCUGAAGCAGAAAUGGGCCAGGAUACCAAGAGAUCCUUGGAUGACUUCACCACUCAACAUGCCCUCCGUCAAGCACAGAUGUCCAAAGAGCUGCUUGAAUUGAAUAAAGCCCUGGCUCUCAAAGAGGCUCUUGCCAAAAAAAUGACUCAGAAUGAUAGUCAGCUGGAGCCCAUUCAGUCCCAAUGCCAGACUAAUAUCAGAGAUCUGGAACUGGAGGUCAGCAGUUUGCAAAAAGAAAAGGAGGAGUUGAUCCUUGCUCUGCAUAUGGUAAAGAAGGAUGUCAACCAUGCCAAACUGAGUGAACGGCGUCGGAAAAGACUUCAGGAGUUGGAAGGGCAAAUUAAUGAUCUGAAGAAGAAGCUGAAUGAGCAAUCAAAGCUCUUAAAGCUGAAGGAAUCUACAGAACACACUGUCUCCAAACUGAACCAGGAGAUCAGGGAAAUGAAAAGCCAGAGGGUACAACUCAUGCGCCAAAUGAAAGAUGAUGCUGAGAAAUUCAGGCAAUGGAAACAACAAAAAGACAAGGAAGUCAUCCAGCUGAAAGAACGGGAUCGCAAGAGACAAUAUGAGCUACUUAAGCUAGAACGAGAUUUCCAGAAGCAGGCCAAUGUACUUCGGCGCAAAACAGAAGAGGCAGCAGCUGCUAACAAGCGCCUAAAGGAUGCUCUGCAGAAACAACAGGAGGCUGCAGAUAAGCGGAAAGAAAGUCAAAAUCGGGGAAUGGAAGGAGUUGCUGCACGAGUAAAAAGCUGGCUUUCAAAUGAAGUAGAGGUUCUUGUUAGUACUGAAGAGGCUCGACGGCACCUUGCAGACCUUCUGGAGGACAGAAAGAUCUUGGCACAGGAGCUUCUUCAGCUUAAAGAGAAGAAGGAGGCUGGGGAAAACCCACCUCUAAAGCUCCGGAGACGCACCUACUCCCUCACAGACUUUCAGGCAUCAGAGAUGGACCUUUCCAUAUCAAAGCAGAUAGAAAGCCUGGAAACUGAAAUGGGGCUCAGGAGUGCCCAGAUAGCAGAUCUACAGCAGAAACUAUUAGACGCGGACAAUGGAGACCGUGCAAAACAGCGUUGGGAGAGUAUUGCAACAAUUCUAGAGGCUAAAUGUGCCUUGAAGUAUCUUCUUGGGGAGCUCGUCUCCUCAAAAGUGCAGGAAAGCAAGUUGGAGAGCAGCCUUCAGCAGAGUAAAGCCAACUGUUCAGAUGUACAAAAGAUGCUGAUUGAAGAGCGAAACCAUGUAACAGAGAUGGAGGCUGAGUUCCAAAAUCAGCUUUUGGUUCAGGAACAACACCACCAGGAAAAGGUUCUGUACCUGCUUAGCCAAUUUCAGCAAAAAGAAGCAGCAGGGAAGAAACUGGAAGAUUCACUAAGUGAGCAGGAGAAACAGCUGCAAGAGCGACUCAAGUUCCAGGAGGAAGAGCUGGAGAAAAUGAGGGAGAUCUGUGAGAAAAACCAAGAACUUUUCCAGGAAAAUGACACUCUUAAACAGAAACUGCUGAUCCUCCAAGUUGCCAGUGGACAGAAGCUCUGUAACAUUCAGCAAAAUCCGUCUGAGUCCUCAGAUUCUUUUGAUUAUAUUCCACCCAAACCAAAGACUCGCCGGCAAACGACAGCAAAACCCCGUGCACCAACUCCAGAAGUGGAUGUGGAAGAGCUGUUCUCUGACUCCGAGGAGUCUGGGAGGGAGACGGAGGAUGCAGAGUGGGUUCCGGUAAAAGCAGUCAAAGGAGCAAAGAAAAGCAUGAUGGGGUGCUCCUGCAAGGGCCGGUGUGGAAAUAGACAGUGUGGCUGCAGGAAGCAGAAGGUGGGCUGCACUGAUCGCUGCAGCUGUGACUUGGCAAAAUGCAGAAACAGAGACUCUGGCUUGCUGGAUGCCACACUGUGUGAGGACCAAACAGGGAACUCUGAAGGUUCCUUCAAACUGGAAGACCCCACUGAAGUGACUGCAGGAGAGACCUUCUUUCAGCCUGUGUGCGUCACACCAACUACAAAGGUCCUGAAAGAUAUCACAGACCAAGAUGUGCUCAUGAAGAAGUCCAGCACUGCUGCUUCCCUGCUUGUGAGAGAUGAGGAGUCCCAAGAGAACCAGAUACCAUUUGUAAAGAGAAAGAAGAGAAUGCUGAAUAGCAAUACCAGCUUCUUCUCAGGUUGCACCCCUAUCAAAGAGGAGUUAGACUGACGAGCCCAGAAGGUGCCCUAUGACUGGGUUGUGCUGUGCUUCUUUAGACCAUGUUACUGGUGACUAAUGAACAUCAGGUUUUACUGGUGACCUCUAAAGUGUUGGGAUCUCUUGCUGCAGCAAAAGCCUGAUUACUGUGAUCCUGACACCUGGCAUCAGCAAGGGAGUCAAACACUAGCUCUUGUUAAAUUGUGUCCAAUUUGUAAAUAUUUGGAUGUGUGGGUCUUGUGCGGAUGGUAAGAAACAUUUUCCUCUAGAGUUUCUGUAGUGAGUGGAGGUGAUUUAUCCAGGUUGCUCAUUCCAGCUGCCUGUCUUAGCCGGAGCUGUGAACAUGCUGGGUACAGCUUAAUCCGUAAUCUUGAAAGAACUUUGCAUUUGCACUGGGAAUGUGGGCAUUGACUCUUCCAAUUCAGCAUGAGGAACUGUUCUAAGCUGCCCUGUGAGAUCUCCUGGUGCUUGAUCUUGAAGGAGGCACUGCCUGUAGUCUUAAACUAGCUAGCAGAUAUGAAAUUGUGUUGUUUCUGUACCCUUUGGUCUAUCCUUGUUCGAUGAAAUUAGAAAGCUGCUAGUCAUUUUAACUUGGUUUAUAGCUUUAAUAAAAUAACUACUAAAAAACCCUGACUUUUAAUUUUACAUUAUUAUGAACAGUAAUCACUCUGGGAUGUCUGCAAUUAAAAUUGGCCUCAAAACUGUUCUACCGGUUGCUGUGCUGACCACUGCCAGGAUUAGCUCUAGGUCUUUUGCUGCUGUAAAAGAAGUAGGCAGCCCAAACAGGGUCCUACUGCUUUCCUUUCCCCUCCUUGCCCCUCAGUCCUAAUCUUUGAGUCACGGCAUGAAGAUGAAAAUUUUUCCCCUCCACUAGUAAUACUGACAACCCUAACCUCUACUUUGACUUGCAGAUGGGUGCUGCACUGGCACUGGACCUUCUCUGAGCUGUGAGAGCCCUCUAUAUUCAUCUUGGGCAUGUGCAAUAUUAAUGAUUAUGUGGCUUCUGGCUUGAUGCAAGCUGAGCAGGCUUUUCUGCACAGGAGCUGUUCAGACCUGCCUUUAAUAA